AUGCCUCCAGGAAAAUCAAGAAUAUACUCUGCUGAUCAAUUUCAGCUAUCUGAACAAUUGGGAAAGGGUUCCUUUGGCGUCGUCUAUAAAGGAUUGGAUUUACUAUCAAACACUCCUGUAGCUGUCAAGCAAAUAGAUUUAGAAUCCUGCGAUGAAGACAUUGACGAGAUCCAGAAAGAAAUAACAAUCCUAUCCAACUGCAACUUUCCCCAAAUCACAAAAUACUAUGGCUCCUUCGUCAAGGGCUUUAAACUAUGGAUCAUAAUGGAACUACUAGAUGCUGGGUCCUGUUUAGACUUGCUAAUUCCCCAACCCUUCUCUGAGCCUUAUAUCGCCAUCCUCUGUCGAGACCUACUAAAGGCUUUGAACUACCUACACGAAUCUGGAAAGAUCCACAGAGACCUCAAAGCUGCCAACGUCCUCGUCAACAACUUUGGCCAGGUCAAAAUAGCUGACUUUGGUGUUGCCACUCAAUUGACCAACAACUUGAGCAGAAGAAACACCUUCGUGGGCACUCCCUUCUGGAUGCCCCCCGAAGUCAUCUUGCAACAGGAUUACAACUACAAAGCUGAUAUCUGGUCCUUGGGCAUAACUGCAAUCGAAUUCGCCUUGGGAAAACCUCCACUAGCAAACCUCCACCCAAUGAAAGUCUUGUUUCUAAUUCCUGACAAUCCUCCUCCAACUCUACCUAGAAAUAAAAACUAUUCCCCAGAAUUUCAAAACUUUGUUAAACUAUGUUUGCAUAAAAACCCAAGAGACAGACCAACUGCGAAACAGUUGCUAAGACACAAAUUUAUUAAAAACGCCGGUGAUAAUAAACUACUAAUCAACCUUAUCAACAUCAGAAAAGACUGGGAAUCAAAAAAUAGAGAUUACAAUAAAAUCUCAAAAAAAAUCUACGAGCCAACCAUUAUUAGCGACGAUCCAAAUAAUCCAAUUUCUAAUAUAGCCUUUGAUUUCGAUACCAUCAAACUA